GACAAUGUCCCAAAAGAGACAGAUCCACAGCCAUCGAGUUCCUCGGCUCGAUUAGAUGGUGUCAACCAACCCACCUGGGCGUGCACAGUUUCCGAAGAAACGAAUCGCUGCUGCUGGGGCGUAUUUCAUAACAAGUGCAUAGAAACCAAAGCCGCUUACCAAGCUCGCAACGAGGACCGUGAAGGUGAUUGGAGAUGUCCUGGUUGUCAAACUCAGAGAACAAUACCACCAGGUCAAUACAGGUAUGCAGACAAUAAGGCAAGCAAAAAGCUGUAG